CGGAGUAUCAACUUCAUUAUCUCAAGGAACUUCACUUUACACCAAUACCCAAGAUCUCUCCUUGAACUGUAACUAUUCAUGCCUGGCGCAUAACAGUUCACCUCUUGCAGACUCCUCUGCACCACCAUGUCUAGUAGUACAACGUUCCAACAGACACUCGACUCGAUCAAAACCUCCCUCCCUCUUCAGGUUCAACCUUACCUCACACACACCAACCUACAAUCUUUUUUACGAAUAGUGGUCAUCAUAGCCACUUACCUCCUCUUCCGACCACACUUGGAGAGUAUCUUUCGGAAAAUCACCGGGACGCCCGACAAGAGACAGGAAGAGAUCAAGGCGAGGUUGGAAUUUUUGCAACGGCAAAAAGAAAAAUCAGAGGCCAUGGCCAUGUUCGGUGGCAAGAUUCCAGUCCUCAAUAAAGAGGGCAAAGUCCUCAAACUGGUGACUCCCGAGGAGGCCGAAAUGUUGAAGGCACAGGGUGCGGCCGUGGAUGGUCCGUCACCGAGAAGUACAAACAGCCCCGGCGGUGCUGGUGCUGGUGCUGGGAAGGGGAAGAAAGGAAAGUCCAAGAAGAAGGCUUGAGAAAGUCAGUACGGGAUACUACCGUAACAGCACAAUAUGCGAAUACAUGACCACAAAAAAAAAGUCAACCGUCCGAGUCAGAACAGACCAGUGUCCCCCGCGACCACCGCGACCCGACGGCGACCCGACGAGACCAUCUUGAAGGAGAGCAAUACAAUGUUGCUUGGUUACUGCUACAAGUGCCUCUGUCACGCACGGAACUGACAAGACAUACUUGCUUGACUCGGUUUGGAACCAUUUCUAUCAAGACAAGAACUGUGAGAGAAUGCAUUCAUCGAUAUGCACUCCAAGCAAACGAUCCACUCCUCAUACUCGUACAGAGUGAAGUCAACUUCGAUAACCCCCCCAACUUUGCAAGCAUUUGACAUUAUACGGAGCAGAAGGAUAUAUUAUUAGAAGUUGAAUCGAAACGACAAGAACCGCCAUAGUGCUCUUACGACUACCAAGGGGAACUCGCCAGGGAGGAGAUAUCUUUCCUCCACUAUAAAAGGGCACCCCCUUGACGCACGUCAUGUCUCAUUACACUUUUGAGAACAAAACCCCUUGUGACCGAAAAGUAUGGACAGUACUAUCAUAGACCCCCCGUAGUAUGCCAAGUUAGAUCUUCAGCAGUGAUACGGGACAAAGUCGGCCGGCUGACUUUUUUUGGCUCCUUGUUUUCUACUCGAUUCUUACUACCUAGAUAGGAUAAGAG